ACAAUGUGUGACUGUCACUACCAUACACAGCGCAGGACAGGAAUGAGAGUGUUGCUGGAGGAGGGAUGAGGAAAGAGAGGAAACAGCACAUCUAAAACCAUCAUGGAAUCAUUGAUCAGCUCGUCUUUGAUUGGAGGUUUACAUCUGUGACACGUCUGGACCGCCUCUCUGCAGAAGAACCAAAUAUCAGACAUUGGAGUUAACCAGACUUGAUAACAUAUAUUUCACUUUUAGGAGGACCGGUUGAAAGUUGGAUUUGUAAGGUAAAACACCAGGUUUACCUGUCUGCUGUACUGCACAACACAAACAGAGUGGAUCAUGGGGCAUCCACAUCGGAAAACAUCUGAGACACAAAUAUGGGGCAUUUUGAAUUAAUAAUGGCCAACAAGCCUGGUCCCAUGAUAGCCUCUGUGCCAAACCACUCAUUGACAAAUCACACCACCACCCCAUGGGAGCUCAAUCCAACAGUUCCUGCCAAUGUGGGCAUUGUCACCAGCUCCCAGUCCCAGAUCAAAGACCUGUUUGGGUUGUUCUGCAUGGUGACCCUUAACCUCAUUGCUCUGCUGGCCAACACCGGUGUGAUGGUGGCGAUUGCUCGAGCUCCUCACCUGAAGAGGUUUGCCUUUGUGUGCCACCUUUGUGCUGUGGACCUGCUAUGUGCAAUCCUCCUUAUGCCUUUGGGGAUCAUAUCCAGCUCGCCAUUCUUUGGCACUGUGGUUUUUACUGUCCUCGAGUGUCAGGUUUACAUAUUCCUUAAUGUUUUCCUCAUCUGUCUGUCCAUACUCACCAUUGCAGCCAUCAGCGUGGAGCGUUACUUCUACAUCGUACACCCCAUGCGCUAUGAGGUCAAGAUGACCAUAAACCUUGCCAUUGGUGUGAUGCUCCUAAUCUGGGUUAAAUCCCUCAUCCUUGCUUUGGUCACAUUGUUUGGAUGGCCAUCUUACGGACCUCAGAGCUCUAUAGCUGCAGCUCAUUGCUCUCUUCAUGCAAGUCACAGUCGUCUAAGAAAUGUGUUUGCUGUGCUCUUCAGUGUGAUCUGCUUCCUGGUUCCUGCUGUGGUUAUCUUCACCGUUUACUGUGCCGUGUACAAAGUAGCUCGUUCUGCUGCCCAGCAGCAAGUCCCUGCUGUCCCAACGUGGGCAAAUGCCAGUCCUGAAAAGAAUCGCUCGGAUUCAAUCCACAGCCAGACCACCAUGAUUACCACCAAUCGCACUCUCCCCCAAAGACUAUCUCCAGAGAGGGCCUUCAGUGGAGGAAAGGCAGCUCUCACUUUAGUGUUCAUCGUGGGACAGUUCAUGGUUUGUUGGCUGCCCUACUUCACCUUCCACCUGCAGAUGUCCCUGAGUGGCUCCAUGCACAGUCCCGGGGACUUAGAGGAGGCAGUCACCUGGCUGGCGUACUCUUCCUUUGCGGUAAACCCGUUCUUCUACGGCCUGCUGAACAGGCAGAUCAGGGAAGAACUUGUAAAAUUCAGACGCUGCUGCUUGACCCAGCCGUCAGAGUUUGGGGCCUCCAGCCAUGAGGGUUCCCUACAGGAGAACUUCCUCCAAUUCAUACAGAGAACCAGCAGCACAGCUGAAACCACAUCAAACUCUGUCAACUCCUGUCCCAGAAACACUUCCGACCAGGGGGUGAAGAUCCCUGGACAAAUACCUGAAGACCAUGCAUAGACAUUGACCACCAUAAGCUAUAGACAGUGCUAACAUAAAGUCUUCAGGGUAUUUCAUUUCUGUUGGAUAGGUAAAGUCUGUUUUAAAACAACAUUUUUACAGAAAUACUGUCUAAUUCUUGAAAUGAUUAUGGUGUAAUGUACAUGUAACUAGGUGAAAGUAGUGUUAACUUACAGUUUUGGUACCAUUAAUCAUCUCUCCAGUCCACUCUGGCCACAAUCCCCUUUCUUAAGGAAUAUUGAAGUAUGUAAUGGGGUGGCAAGCUCAAAAUAAAAAGCCUUUAUUAAUUCACAAACAUUUUGAGUUUAAUCCUAAAGUAUUUUCAAUUGUUUGGACUUUCUUGAGCUCAUGGAAUUAGCUUAUAAGUAAGCCAUCUUGCAUGGUUGUCAUUUAAGUUGAGAAUUACGACAGCUUAGGGCCAAUUAUGUACAGGCUUGAAUGAGACCAUAAACUAAUGGUUAACCUAAAAAAUGUGAAUCUGUCCUAAAAAUACUGGCUUACAUACCCAGUGCCUUUUUGUACUUUUACAGGUAGGCUUACUGAUUUAAGGUCAAAGUGCUGUGUACUAUACUCUAACAGGGAAAUGUUGAAGUAGCUGUACUUUAAAUGUCCCCUUGUGCAAAUUUUAUAUUCAUAUUAAAAACUGACCAGAUUUUAA